GCUGGCAAAGCGGCAUCGUCUCACGAAGAGAGACCCCUUGACAAAGGUGACGUUGUCCACAGACAGUCACACACUGUAUUAUGCUCCAGACUUUCCCGACGUGGGGGACAUGACGAAGGUGACCACAGAAGAGGUGCCAGCAUGGACCCUUGAGAACGACCGCGGGGUCCGUGUGAAGGUGAUGCGGAAAGGCGGGAACCUGGUAGAGCUCUCCAAAGACGGACAUCCGUAUAUUUGGGACAACACCAAGGGGGUUAUUUACUAUGGCGUGAACAGCAGCACCUUUCCACUGACGCGAGGUCUUUACAUCAACGGCGGCGUCCGCUUUGCAGCAGUGACGCCGGAGCAUGGUUUAUAUUACGACACGCUCUGGGACAUCGAAUUUGCGGACAACGAGGAGGAGCAGUCACGCUCCAUCAUCCUCAGUAUUACCGACUCGGCAGAGCAGCGCCAAAAGCUGAAUGACACCUUGUCGACAGGGCGAUAUUCGGGGUCUGACGGAGCUCCGAUGAGUGCUUACCCAGUGACCAACCUCGUGUUCCGAUUCUGGAUUACACUUCGGGCAGGGGAGGACUUCGCACGCCUGCGAGGGGAAGUGAUCAACCCAACGUCUUCGGACGCCAAGGGUGCAGCCUGGAUGCCCAUGACAUUUCCCAUCGAUGAGGAUUCCCAGAUCAUCACGCCGCAGGUGUAUCGUUUCAAGAGCGACGACUGGUGCUACCGCGACCUUCCCAAAGUGUUCAGAUGGGAUAGUCAGUCGGAACUUGCUCGACCUGCACAAUGGAAGGAGAUGUGUAUCUUCUACGACUACCCACAGCUGCUUGGGGGCUACCACGCAGUUCAGAUAAAGCCUACGAGUGAAGGCCGUGGAACAGCGUAUGUUCCGCUCAACUCCAGCACAGGUCUACACUUCACAAAGAUGUGGUCCUGGGGGAAGAAUCAGGCCCCAAUCUGGAAGGACUACUACGAGCCAUGGGAGUCGGCUUUCAACAGCCACUUUUGGCAGACUUUCGAGUUUCCAAAGAUGACUCGACACUUCUUCGACCUUGCUUUGGUGCCGAUUCAAGGAG